UCUACAAACCUGCCAGAUGCCUGCAGGAAGCCAGAGGUGGAGUUUGGCUGGACCUCCAGGCGGGGGUGGGAGCGGGGCGUGUCUAAGCAGGUCCAGGCCUCCUAAAAUCGGUGAAUUCUAACUCAAGACUGGGUAAGCUGCGUUAUGGGAGUGCCGGCUGCACUGUAUGGGUUUGCGCUGCUCUGUGCGCUGGGCCUGGCUCAGAGCCCAGCCGAGGGACCUCGCUGUGGCCGUGGUCACUUCCAGCAUGGGACGGGCACCAACGUGCGUUGCUGCCGCCAAUGUGUUCCGGUGGCUGACUUAUCCCAUCUAGGCCAGCAGCCCUGUCCUGAAGGGGACUGCGUGUGUGUCCAACCAGAGUACCACUGUGAAGACCCUCAGUGCAAGGCCUGCAAGCACCACCCCUGCCCACCGGGCCAGGAGGUACAUCAUCAAGGGAAGUUUUUGCUUGGCUUCAAGUGUGUCGACUGUGCUAUGGGCACCUUCUCCACAGGUCAUGAGGGCCGAUGCAAACCUUGGGCAGACUGUACCAAGCUUGGGUUUCUCACCAUAUUCCCUGGGAACAAGACGCACAAUGCUGUGUGUAUCCCGGAGCCACUGCCCACUGAGCAGCAUGGCCAGCUGACCAUCAUCCUCUUUGCCAUGGCUGCCUAUGUCCUUCUGCUAAUCACAGCCCAGCUCAUCCUGCACAUCUGGCAACUGAGGAGGCAACAAAUGUGGCUUCGAGAAACACAGCCACUCCUGGAGGUGCCAUUGUCACCAGCUGAGGACUCUUGCAGCUGCCAGUUUCCUGAGGAGGAACGGGGGGAGCGGAUGGAGAAGAGCCAGCUAGGGCCUUGAGACCUGUCCUUCCUCUGCAACCUGAGCCAGGCCCUCCAGGACUCACCCAGGCUGACCCUUGGGAGGGAACAGGGGCUCUGUUCUACGUCCUGCUCUGGGCCUGGCCCUGCUCCUCUCGAUGGUGGAAGUGGGUGUAGGAUGGUAACGGUGAGGAGUUCUCAGAGCACUAAGAAAGAUAGCAGCUACGGCUGAGCCCUAUGGGAGACACAGAUGGUCAUGACUUCCUCCCUCCCUUGCCAGCCCUGCUGGGGUGGGGUCUGUGAUCCCUCCCUCCCCGCAAUGGGCCUGUACUGUCCAACACAAGAAAUAGUGCAGAUGCUGAUUUUUUUUAAUAAACACUUUUUUAGUAA